GAAACACCUGUCAUCACAACAAAUUUUCAUAAUUUACAUUUUUUAAAUUGUUUGUAUAUAAUUAACAUUCUUGGAAAGGUAUGAGGAAGGGACUAUUUUAGAAAGGAAUGUGUUGACUUACCGAUUUCUUAAUUCGAAGUAAGCUGUAACUUUUUUUAAACAAAUAUUAAUAAGAUUUGCCAAAUUUAUUGUUGCUACUAAUUUAUGUCCAAAAUCAAAUUUAUUCAAGUAUACCAUGUUUAAACUAUAAAAUAUAAAAAUGCCAGAUUCUGUAGAAGAAAGUCUUCACUAUAUUCUAAAAGGAGUUCCACUAGAAGGAGAAGAGGCAGAAAUAUGUGAUUUUACUUUAGAAGAGCUAAAUGAAGCUUUGGAGUCUCAAGGUAUUCAGCCUAGUGUUGACCCUAAAUUCACACCAAUUGUCUUUGAAACCGUCUGCUAUAUAGUUGUUUGCAUUGUUAUUAAUGAGCAAAAUGAAGUUUUAAUGAUGCAAGAAGCUAAGAAGUCGUGUGCUGGAAAGUGGUACUUACCAGCUGGUCGUAUGGAGAAAGGAGAAAAUAUUAUAGAAGCAUGUAAGAGGGAAGUCUUAGAAGAAACAGGCCUAAAGAUAGAAUGUACAACAUUAUUAGCAGUUGAAACUGUAAAAGGAAAUUGGAUAAGGUUUGUUUUGACUGGAAAAGUUACAGGAGGUAAUUUAAAGACUCCUUCUGAAGCUAACCAAGAAUCUAUACAAGCCAGGUGGAUUAAAAGAUUGGAUGAGGUUGAGCUACGGGCCAGUGACAUUGUCCCUCUAAUCGAUAGAGCCAAAGUUUUUAAAGAAGCUAGAAGAGUUAACGAACCUGGUUGGUUUGAAGACCAGCUGCCAGCUUUGAGGGCAUACGCGAAACAGCUAUUACGCCUGGUCGUAGUCAUUAAGAAGAAAGCCAAUAACCGUGUACAUAUAUUGAUAAGCGAAAGAACGUCGUGGCAUCUUCCCGCCUGUGAAAUUCAUCCCAAUAAAAGUAUACAUUCCACUCUUAAAACGUUUAUGGUAGAAUUGUUCGGGGCAGAGGUCCCGCAACAUAGACCAUGUGGAUUAUUGUCGGUUGAGCAUGAUGCAUCCACUAACAAAGAUGGUCUAUGUUUAACGCUUCUAGUAGCAUUCCGUACACCCUUGGAAGAAGUGCCUAUUAUUGGAAAGUGUGUCUGGCACGAAGUGUCCAAAGACUUGGGUGAUAAGUUGUUGCUGAAAGUAGCAUCUAGGAAUGCGACUUUCUGUCUGAAUACUAUAAGAUGAGUUAUUUUCCAACAAUUUUAGAUUAUAUUUACACUUCAAAUACUGUGUAUAAAUGACUAAUCAAUAUUAAAAACGAGAGAAGGGAUAAAGAUACGUUGAAGUGAGGCGAGGAGAAAUGAGCGGUUGAUUUCAAGAGAUCGAUUUUAACUAACAUUGUUAAUAUGGUUAUGGUCUACAUUCCAACCUUUUAAUCAUAACGUUUUCUGUAAAUUAUAUAUUUUAUAUCUGUUAACAUGUAUAUUUAUUCAAAUUAUACUUUAUUUGAUUACAUCAA